AUGUCAGAAGUUCCAGCAAUCAUUGAUGGAGGAUUCAAGUUGUUUGAGAGUCAUGCUAUUCUUAUCUACCUAGCUUGUACAAAUCCUGGAGUCGCAGAUCACUGGUAUCCUGUUGAUAUAUUCAAAAGAACAAAGAUCCACUCUAUCUUAGACUGGCAUCAUUCCAAUCUCCGUCGUGGUGCAACUGGACUUGUAUACAAUACGAUACUAGCCCCUUUAUAUGGAUUACCUUCGAAUCCUAGAGCAGCUGAUGAGGCUAAGAAGAUACUUCCCAAAUCUUUGUCUAUAUUAGAGGACUUUUGGCUACAAGGACCCGGCCAAUUUCUGCUUGGAAACUCUGAACCAUCAAUAGCGGAUAUCAGCUUAGUAUGUGAAAUCAUGCAACUAGAGUUUCUAAGUGAGAAGGACUACCGUAGAAUAUUAAGUCCUUACAAGAAAGUUUUGCAGUGGAUUAAAGAUACAAAGAAUGCUACUGCGCCUUAUUUUGAUGAAAUCCAUAUGACUCUGUUUAAUGCUCAAAAAGGAAUCCGAGAGCAGAUGGUCACACAAUCAGUUAGUAUCCCCGAGGGUGGCAGCAAAAGUGAACUGUAUUCAGAGAUGUGA